GUACGGGCAUGCGAGUGGACCGAUGAGCCUUGUGGCUUAUACAUGGAAAUGAGUAAGGAACGCGUAAAAGAACAUCUGUUACAUUGGCAUGGUGUCCGUGCUGAUGAGAAGACUCCCUGCAAGUUUGAGGGUUGCUUAGAUGAAUUGCCUAUGUUGAGUUUAGGCCGCCACGUCGCAACGGUUCACUAUGCUACGUCCUCAAAAUGUGAUUAUUGCGGUUAUGAGCUAUCGAGGAGCGAUUCUGCGAGGCGGCAUCAUGGGGUGUGC